AUGGGAGAACAACAACCUUCAACGUGGCUUGAAAGGCUCCAAGGGCAACUGAAGAUCGACAUUGAUUGCAUGGACCCUGUCGAGGCUAAAAGAUGGCUUCCCUUUCAACCUGAGGAUCAGACGAGCAACCAGCGACUGGUUUAUGAGCAAAUGAUCUCCCCAGAUAAUCGGGAGCUGUUCCUUCAAACAGCACGAGAGUACAAAGCCAAAGGCUGGGAGGCAAUUCUCACGAGAAUGAGCGCGCUCCUUUGUGCAAAGAACAUUGACAACAUUAAAGGACGCGUUCUACUACAGUCCAGCGCUUUCGGCGCGUACGACACUAAUAAAGUGGUUGAACAUGCCCGUGCCUACGCUCGAGAGUUUGAGAAAGUGGGAAUCUUCAAAGACCGCUUUUGUAUCAAGAUCCCUUGUACGGGACCUGCUCUCAAUGCGAGUCCUAUUCUGUUGAAGGAGGGCAUUCGUACCCUUGGGACAAUCCUCUAUUCCCUCCCCCAGGCUAUUGCGGCUAGUCAGGCUGGAUGUCUUUCGAUUAGCCCUUAUAUCAACUUCCCCUGGUUCCAUAUGGACCGAAGCCAAUGGCCCGAUGUUGAGGAUCCGGCCUUGCAGCACCCCAUGGCACCGAGAAUCAUGCAUAUCCAAGAAACAUACGCGCGUCUCUAUAAAGAGACGGGUCAACCCCAGCCAUUGAUGAAGCCUGCAAGCUUCAUCUCUGCUAGAGAGGCAAUGGCAAUGGGCGAGCUGGGCUGUCACCACGCAACAAUCUCGGAGGAUAUUAUCCAGCAGCUUUCCAUUCUCAGUGCUGAGGCCAAUCCCCCGCCAGGGGCCAACGUCUUCACGGAAACAGGCAUUCCUUCGUCACGCAUCAUUCAUCUUGCCAAGACAGACCCUCUUUCUGGCGCGGACUGGGACGGAAAGCUUGCCUCGACAGAUAUCGAUUACCUUGCGGAAAACGGAAAGGAAUUGGAGAAUGCGAUCCAACAAGAUCUUGUGACGGCUAGGGGUGUGAAGGAAGCUCUCGAGGCUUUCGAAGCAAAUGAGCUCCAGAGCAAGUCCGCUAUUCAGGAAGUAUUGAAGCAGCUCUGA